AUGGUCACCGCCUCCCUCAAGCCCCCGCAAAAGCCGCCGACCGGCGCCGAGGCCGCCGACGGCGCGAUCGCCGAGCUCAAUUCGCUCAUCGAGGCCAAGGCCGCGCCCGAGCCGCCGCCGCCGCCGCCGCCGCCGCCGAAGCCUCCUAUAAAAGUCUCGGCGAAGCCCUCGUCUAGAUUGAAAGACGACGACAAGGGUCCGCCGAAAGGUCGGAGGGAGAACGGACUGAGGAGGGGCAAGUGGACCGUCGAGGAGGAGGCCUACGCGAAUCGGUUGAUCCACGAGUUCAAGCUUGGAUUAUUGCCAUUGACGGACGGUACUACAUUAAGAACGUUCCUAUCGAAGCUAUUGAAUUGCGACCCGAUGCGCAUUUCCAAAAAGUUCGUCGGCCAGAACUGCAUCGGCAAGCAAGUUUUUAGGAGAAGGCAGCUCGAGAUGGACCGUUUAUCUCCAGAAGACAUCAAACGAGCUAGGUUUGAAUUAGCCGAGCUCGAAAGGCGCUUUCUCACUAGAGUAGCACAAUCUCAUCGCAGCGCCAAGGCGACGGGCAAGGGCGCCAAGGACAAGGGCCCGACCGGAGCGUUAGCGGCAGCCCAGCAGCGGCCUUUGGUGGCCCCCUGGCUCUUGCCGCCGCACGCGCAGCCCUCCGAGGCGCCUACCGUAAGGGCCGGCGCGGGCGCCGUGGCGAUCGCGGCGCCGUUUGGCCUACCUAGAGAUUAUGGGCAGCGACCGGUAGUAGAACCGCCCAAACCUCCCGUGCCGGCCGUCGACCAGGCGCGAGCUAAAGCAGCGUUAGAAGGCCUCAAGCUCCCCACGUUACCGUCGGACGCGUCGCUCUCCUCGUUAGGCCUGGGCGCGCGGCCGCGCGGCGGGUCUUUCGCGUCCGUCGGCGAGCCCCUGCCGUCCUGGCCGUCCGCCAAAGACCUCAAGGGCUUCGAGACGCCCGGGGCCGCUCCGGGCAUGUCGUCGUGGCCGUCCUUCUCGAAGCUCAUCGAGGCCUCGGGGUCGUCGGCGCCGCUGCCGGCGCCCGUCGCGCUGCCGCCGCCGGCCGCGGCCGCGGCGGCGCCGCCGCCCGCCGCGGCGCCCGUGAAGCGCGAGGCGCCGUCCGCGACCGAGGGCGACGCGAAGCGCCCGCGCGUCGAGGCCGCGCCGCUCCAGUCGGCCGCGAAGCCGAUGCGCGCCGAGGUCCGCAACUCGAGCGUCGAGAACUUCCUGUCCCUGGUCACGAGCGGCGACCUGCCCGCGCCGGCGCCGGAUCUAUUGUCCAUGCCGCUCUCGGCGGCCGUGCGCGGCGACAAGGCCAAGGCGCCCGCGCCCGGCGCCGCGGCGGCCCCGGCUCCGGCGCCUGUCCCCGCCGCGCCGGGCGCGCCGGCGGCGGCCGUCGCGCCGGUCGCGCCCGCGGCCGUCGCGCCCGCAGCGCCGGGCGCGGCGCCGGCGGCGGUCGCGCCGGCCGCGGUGCCGGCCGCGCCGCCCGCCGCGCCGCCCGCCGCUCCCGUGGCUCCGGUCGCUGCUGCUCCGGUGGCGCCGGCCGCCGCUCCGGUGGCCGUGGCCGCCGCGCCGCCGCCGACCGCUGUUGCCGCCGCGCCCGCACCACCCGCUGCGGCGCCGGCGCCUCCCGCCCCCUGA